GGUACCUGGAUUAUUGGUCUCAUUCAUUCAGUGUCUCAAUUAGCUUUUGUUGUCCAUUUGCCUUUUUGCAGUUCUAAUGAGAUAGAUAGUUUUUAUUGUGACCUUCCUAGGUUCAUCAAUAUGGCCUGCAUAAACACCUACAGAAUGGAGUUCUUGGUUACUAUUGACAGUGGACUAAUAUCAGUCACUACCUUCUUUUUAAUGAUUGUUUCUUACAUCUUCAUACUGUUCACUAUAUGGAAACAGUCCUUGGGCAGUUUGUCCAAGGCCCUCUCUACACUUUCUGCUCACAUCUCUGUGGUCAUUUUGUUCUUUGGACCAUGCAUCUUUGUGUACAUGUGGCCAUUACCUACUGUACCAGUGGAUACGUUUCUUGCCAUUCUGGACUCCAUGAUUACUCCCAUCCUGAACCCUGCCAUUUACACACUGAGGAACAAAGACAUGAAGGUGGCAAUGAGAAGACUGAGUAAGCAGCUCCUGAGUAGGAAAGAUACCUGCUAA